AUGUGGCUGAGCCAGUUCGACAUCCAAUUCAAGCCCCGACCCGCCAUCAAGGGGCAGGCGCUGGCUGACUUUAUAGUCGAGUGCACUGCCCGGGAGGCAACGGAGCGGGUCAGGGACGAAGACGAGGAGUGGUGGACCCUCUCAACGGACGGGUCCUCCAGCACCAAAAGCUGCGGAGGUGGAGUCGUCCUCAUAACACCAGAGGGGUUUCGGGCCUACUACGCCCUCCGCUUCGCGUUCAAAUUAUCCAACAACGAGGCCGAGUAUGAAGCACUCCUGGGAGGGCUCCGCCUCGCACUAAAUAUGAGGGUGGAGAAGCUCAAAAUCCGAUGUGACUCUAGACUCGUGGUGGGACAGGUCACAGGUGAAUUUGAAGCAAGUGAUGAAAGAAUGAGGAGGUACCGGGACGUGGUGCUCCAGCUACUGGGGCAGCUGAUCAGUUAUGAGGUCCUACAGGUACCCCGAGACCAGAACACAGAUGCUGAAAUGUUAUCCAAGCUCGCCCAAGGGGCCCCGAAACAUAUCUCCAAAAUAGCCCGAAUUGAAGAUUUCAAGAGGUCGAGCCUGGACGCCUACCCGGUCCUACCCGUGCAAAUCCGACCUCCUUGCUGGUUGGACCACCUCAAGGAGUACAAGAAGACAGGCACGCUACCUCCCGACGAGGUCGACGCCAAGCUGGUGAAACGGCGAGCCCCCACGUACGUGGUCAUGGGGGACAUACUCUACAAGAGGUCCUAUAACGGCGCCUUGCUGCGCUGCUUGUACCCAGACGAAGCCAGGUCAGUCAUGGAAGAAAUCUACGAAGGGACCUGUUCAGCCCACCAGGGGGCCUUCGCCAUGUCCCGGAGGGCCAUCUUACAGGGGUACUUUUGGCCCAAAAUGGCCAAGGAGUGCGCCGACUAUGCCCGGGGUUGCGAGACCUGCCAACACUUCCAAGUCACCCCCGGCUGGCCAGCCACGAGCUACACCCCCAUCAGCUCGGUCAUCCCCUUCUCCAGGUGGGGAGUGGACCUAGUGGGAGCUCUGCCCAUGGGGUCGGGAAAAAUGAAGUACCUCAUAGUAGCAGUGGACUACUUCACCAAGUGGGCAGAGGCGGAACCGCUGGCAACCAUAACAAGUGCCCGUUGCAAGCACUUUGUGUACAAAAAUAUUUUGUGCACAAAAAUAUUUUGUGCCGUUUUGGGGUCCCGAUGCAACUCAUCACCGACAACGGACGCCAAUUCGAGGGGCAAGAGUUCGAGGGGUUCUGUGCAGAAUGGCACAUUACUCACAGCUGAGUAG